AUGCAACAUGUGGCCGGAUACAAGAUUUUGGUGUGGUCACCCACGAUAAGCAAGUCUCAUAUGAUCCAAAAUGGACGAGUGGCGGAUGCGUUGGCUCGAGAUGGACAUAAUGUGGUGAGUAGAGGGAAUUUAAAGUCUUUUGGGGUUAGAAACUAGAGGAAGUUAUAAAUUUUUAUAUCUAUUUGUUUUAGACUCUCCUCGAAACUGAUGUAGUGGAAUAUCCCGGGUCUCUGAGGUCAGUCAAGCACGCCAAUUUCUGGGCCGAAACCUUCGAUUGGCCAGAACGACAGCGGGUCCUCGGUGCCGAUUUGGAUCUUCUCUCUUACAGCAUGAAGAACGCUCUGGACAUGUUGAAUGCAAUGAAUCGAAUGCAAGCAUCCGCUUGUUUGGGUAGGUAUAAUUAGAAAAUUCAUAUCAGAUAGGUUCUAAAAGGUUGAGAGGACGAGAAAAUGACGUGUAGUUCCCGGAAGUCACCUUGAGACGGGGUGUUGGAACCUUUUAAGUUUGGAGUCGUUAAAAAUUAGUGAUUAGAAACGAUUGAACUUUUGGUUGCAACCGAUAAUUAAGAAAUGUAGGAUGAAGUAGAAAUUGUUGACGACUAAUACGACAAAUUGCACGAACAGACGCUAAUUUUACGUUCCCACUUUGACACCUCCUUUGAAAGCUUUGACAUUCCGUUUUUGACGAAGUGUCACAAAAAUUAUUGGAAAAGUAAAGAGUAGCUUUUCGAAGUAGACCAAGCCUGGAAAUUGUGGCCAAACUGGUCUAAUUGUUUAACUUUAGACCCAUUUUCAAAUAUCUGUUUAGAUUUUUACACUUCUAGUGUCUAGUGCAAUAUAAUUGCCUUCUAAUUUCAGCUGUCCUCCGAGAUGAAAGAAUCAUGGGGAAAAUUGCUGCCCAAAACUUCGACGUCCUCAUGUUCGAGCAAUUCGAUGUGUGUCCCUUCGUAAUCUCGCACUUGCUCAACAUCCCGGUGAAAAUUUGGAUGAGCAGUUGUCCAAUUAUGGAGCACCAAGCCAGUGUUGUUGGAAUCCCCACGGCGUACAGUUUUGUGCCCUCAUCGGUGAAUGGGUUCGCGGGAGAUCGAAUGACCUUGUCGGAGAGGUUCUGGAAUACAAUUCAGAGCUUCUUGUUGAGUUAUCAUUAUCUGGACUACUGGCACGAUUUCCAUGAGGAAUUGAAGAAAGAGCAUGGGUAAGAUCUUCGAGUUUUUUGUUUGAAACUGUAGGCAGAGUGAAGGUAGAGGUGUGUUUGGCCUGACUAUCUUGUAUAAUAUAAAAAGGUCUUCAAAAAUGACGUUUCAAUACCUGGUUCUUUGCAUAAGUCUGUAACACUAAUUGCUACGUGUUUUCAGUGACGUUCCUCAUCCAAUUGACCUUGCCAAAUCCACGGAUCUUAUCCUUAUCAACACUGACGAGCUCAUCGAUUUCCCCCGACCUCUUCCUCCAAAUGUAAUUCAUAUCGGUGGCCUGGGAAUGGAUAAAGUUGACACCAGCCUUCCCAACGACUAUGAGCUUCUAAUGUCCAAAGGGAAGAAAGGAGUUGUCUACUUUUCGUUCGGAUCGAUCGUCCCGACCAAUGCCCUUCCUCAGCUCUACAUGAAGAAUAUUAUCCAAAGUUUUGGAGAUCUCAAAGAUUAUUUCUUCAUUGUGAAGGUCUCGAAGAACGAUACGUUCUCUACUGAGUACGCUUCAAACUUUGAAAACGUCUAUACGAGCAGUUGGGUCCCUCAAACGGCUGUCUUGGGUAAGGAUAAUAUAAUUUUUCUAUCCAAAUAUUGAUUUUUAUGGCUAAGCGGUCCGGAUUGAUCCUUUUUAUUUCUUCUUCUGUUAUCUUGGUUACCGUUGUUCAUUUAGUUUUGGCAAAUCAUAUUAUUUAUGACAUCUAACCUCUAAAAUUUUUAGCUCAUCCCCGAACGAAACUCUUCAUCACUCAUGGUGGUUAUAACAGCAUAAUGGAAGCUUCACAGUUCUCCGUACCACUUCUACUCAUCGGAAUGUUCGGAGAUCAGCCAAGGAAUUCCAAAUUGGUCGAACGAAAUGGGUGGGGUCUGAGUUUGGACAAGACGUCGCUUCUUUAUGGAACUGAUGAAUUCGAAGCCAAAAUGAUGCAAUUGUUGACGCAUAAAACGUAAGUUUGUAGUGUGCUUCAUGCAAUGGAGAUACAAAUUGGGCUAAAGAUGGGGUUUGUGUUGGGAUAAUUAGCCACGAUAUUAUUUUAUGUCAUGUGGACGUUUGUUUGUUGAAAUUUGAUGUAUUCAAAUUGAAAAUGGAUUAGUAGGACGGUAAGAUUUGUUAAAGUAGACCCUGAAGGCACUAUCUAUCAAUUUCGGAAAGUAAAUUUCAAAAAAGUUACAUUUGAAUAUUCAAAUUUUGAAAUUCAUCUAGAUCAGCUUGGGGUUUUAGAAAUGUUUAUUGAAAGAACUUCACAAACUCCAUUUUCACAAUUCUCUGCAUUUCUCUCUCUCUGUACGGUAGUCCGAUUCCAAUCUAAACGAUGAUUUUUACACUUUUUUGUGGUUUGUUACUUUAGUCAGACAAGGUUAAGAGCUCAAAGUUCCUUUACAGGGGCAAUGUGUUGACGGACUGCGUUCCUUGCACCUGGGUUAGACAUUUAGAGGUGAUUAUUUUGCGUGGGGUUCACGUGAAGAGAAAAAUAAAAAUAAUUUGUCAGCCAUUUGUAUGGCUGAUAUUGCGGUAGGAAAAUUGAUGAAUUUUUUUGGAUUAUUAAUGGGAGAUGUUUUAAAAAUGUAAGGAAGUGUGGGAUAGCUCAGGGUGAAAUCUGAACUCAAAAUUGAUUCGAAUCGAAAGAAACUGACUCGUCCUUAAUUUUAGGUACAAGCAGAAUGCACUUCGAACCACCCAGCUCCUCAAAACGAAGCCCCAAACCGGCGAACAACGACUUUUAUCUUACGUCCGUUUCCUCGAAGCCAACAAUGGGCAUCUGCCGGAACUGAAGAUGAUUGUCAACGAACUCUCCCUGAUCGAAUACCUCAACCUGGACGUGCUCGCCAUUCUUGCCUUUAUCGGACUCACCGCAACAAUCGCCGGAAUUUAUAUGAUCUCAAAAGCUUUCCAAAUCGUCUUCAAGUCGACGAAAAAGACGAAAAUUGAAUAA